AUGUUCAUGAUUAUUCGAGAAGGAUCUGCUGGAGGGGCAGGUAGUACCGGCGGCAUGAGCGCUCCACCGGAGAGAACAGCCAAACAGAUCCAGGCCGCAAUCAAGAAGAAGGCGGAGAAACAGAGGAAGCAAGUUGAAACGGGUGUGGUGGAGGUAUUUAACAGUAAUACAAGACCUAAAAUGGGACAGAAAAAGAAUCAGCCCAUCCAUCCACCCAGCAGAAGUGGAAAUGGUAAGGAGGAGGAAGAGGAAGAGCCUGCUAAGACUGGGGAACCAAAGGAGAAGGAAGAACUCGACCUCAGACCUAUGGUGGAUUCUGUUUUUGGCCAAGACAGGGAGCUGCGGCCAGAGGAGAUAGAAGAACUAAGAGAAGCCUUUAAGGAGUUUGAUAGGAACAAAGGCUACAUCAACUGCAGGGACCUGGGCGAAUGCAUGCGGACGAUGGGAUACAUGCCAACAGAGAUGGAACUCAUUGAACUGAGUCAACAAAUAAAAUGGGUGACAAAUUUCUAUGUGGUCAUGGACCCUGUGUCUCACCUUGUUGCCUGCUGA